GAAAUGUAAUAGUUAACGUUAGGCUAGAUAGGAAGUUAACGGGGAAGGCUAUUUUCUAUUUGCUGUAUUCAUUGAAUGCACCCUCGGAAGCUGCACGCAGAUCAACAGUCGUAACUCUAUUAGAGUUUGUCUUAUGGAUUGUAGGCUACAUUAGUGCCGUGCCGUCCAAAUUUAGCGUACGAUAGUCACGGAUGCGGGAAGUUGUAGCUUAUGUAAGCUGUUUGUGGAACGUAGCCUAACGUUAGAUGUAUGGAAUUUGGUUAAGUCUGCCCAAGUAGCCUACUUACUGUACUGUAACCGGUAAAUCAUUUUAGUGAAGUGACUGGGGGCACAUGAGUGAUGCAUCCGUAACUAUAACUUCCAGUACGGUUCAACGUUGUCAUGGUGGUAAUAGUAUUGGAAUAAUUUAGCCUAUGUAACUCUUGUUGCAGAGUAAAGUUGUGCCGCUCCACCGCCGGGAAAAGAUAGCUCGCGAUAUAAACCAGUGAACUAUGAUGCGUUUCUUGCCUUUAUCAAAUUUGACAGCAGGUAGGCUGGAACUAGCCUAAUGUGCUGGAACGUAAGAAAUAUAGGCCUACUGAUUGUGCUGUGGAAUAAACAUGUAGGCCUAACUCGUUAGUUUUGUUAUUGAAAAAGCAAUUACUAAAAAACCUUUAAGCCAUGUCUGACACACUUUUAUCGGGGAGGAACUCGGAGGAUUUACUAGCAGAUUUCGAGUCACUAGUAAACUCUGGAGCGUUUGACCUGAGCGACCAGCCAGUUGUGAUCAUUUCGACUCCAAGUAAUGUCGCCUUUCCCACAGUUUGUCCAGGAGACCUAUACUUUGUUGCCACGCCCCAAACUUCGACUACAGAUGAUGAGCGCCUCCGAAUAUGUUUGGGUCGACCACCGGUGAAAAGAAAGUUAGAUCUUGACAGUGACCAUCUGUAUAACAUCAGUCCAACACCUAAGGUCUUAAAUCAAGCUUCUUCAAGCUCCACAGCACUACCAAGAGUUUAUAAGAAUUCCACAGAGAAGUCACGCUAUGAUACUUCCCUGAACCUCACCACAAAACGCUUCCUAGACCUGCUAUCCCAAUCACCUGAUGGAGUUGUGGACCUCAACUGGGCCUCACAGACUCUAGAUGUACAAAAACGGCGCAUCUAUGACAUCACCAAUGUUCUAGAGGGUAUACAGCUUGUCACCAAGAAGUCAAAGAAUCACAUCCAGUGGCUUGGAAACUGCAUUGAUGGGCAGUCCAUGAUGCGAUAUCGGCACCUGCAGAGAGAUAUAUUACAGCUGACAGAGGUGGAAGGGAAAUUGGAUGAGCUCAUUUGCCAAUGUGACUUACAACUUCAGCUUCUUACAGAAGACCCACAGAACAAGAAGCUCGGCUAUGUUAUGUGCCAAGACGUACGCAUGGUAGUGAAUCCUACCGACCAGCUGGUUAUGGUUAUCAAAGCACCCCCUGAAACAAAGCUGCAUGUUUCUGAACCUAGUGAGGGAUACCAGAUCGCCUUGAAAAGUGCCAGAGGCCCUGUAGAUGUUUUCUUAUGCCCAGAGGAUAAUUCCAAAGUGUACAGCCCUUUGACUGACAGCAAAGGACUAGUGCCCUCAAAACAAAUCUGCCCUCCUCAGACUACUUCAGUGGAGCCAACCGCAUGCACAUCAUCUGUCCCGGAUUCAUCCUCUCUUCCAUUAGAACCACCUCCUCUGAAUGAAGACCCUGUACCAAGUCAAGAAUAUAUGCCUGACUUGGACUUGACAUACUUUGAGUCUUCCAGCUUCCUGUUAGACCAUGGCAUGGAUUGCUUUAACAUACCCACAGAUAGUUUCAUCAAUCUUUCACCACCGCUGAGUCAAGACUACCACUUUGGGAUGGAGGAGAAUGAAGGCAUCAGUGAGCUAUUUGAUUCUGACUUUGGUGAACUGGGCCAUUUUGAAUUAUAAGAUUGUUUCAAGAAAGUCUUCUAAAGCAGCAUUUCUCAAACUGGGCCGUGGUCCGGCACUGGUCCACAACGAGGAGGCUGCUGGUCUGCCGAGCCGCGGAGUCAAAUGAUGCCCGGUGCUUCUGUCACUUGUCUGAUAAUUUACUGUGCAAUUCAUCAAGGAACUGUGAACCGACAGGAAAAGAAAACAAAUGUUUCCACAAUCCACUGCACAUGAGAAACUGAAACCACUCGAUAAAGCAAAGGUCCGCUACAACCAUGUUGGAAGGCUACGAGGUAACGACAUUUAAUAGAACAAAGUGGAUUCUUGCAGACUGACUAUACAAUGCUCAAUGCUAGACAAUGUAUUAUCCACAUUUGAAUAUAAUGUGGCCAAAAGCUAUUGUAGCCUAAUUAUGACCGGCGUGCUAGCAAAGCACAUAUGAAGAGUUCACUUACAAAACCCUCUAAAUCCGUUUUUCUUUUAAAUGAGGAUUCUUGAUCAGGCUCUUAAAGAUUUUUGACUACAAAUCAAUAUUUCAGACCAGGAAGAGAGUGGUAUUUAGGGAGAUUUGAAGCUAAAUUAUUUGAUUAAUGUAUACUAUGUGUGGAGAACAUACACCAACCUCACGAUUCAAUUUGUAUCACGAUUUUUGCCCCAAUUUUAUUGAAUAAAAUUUCAAUAGCCUACCUUAGAACACCAGA